AUGGAUCGAGUGACCAGAUAUCCCAUCUUCAGCAAGCCCCACUCAGCCCGUGUCACUGGCCUGGCACUUGACGGAGAGAACAGCUACACCAUUGAGCUGGUGGGCGUGGGGCCUGAGGCCAGAAGCUGGAGCCUGAAUGAGCCACAGGCAUGGCCCACUGACUACCACACCCAGCUGGACACGGGGAGGACAGCAUCCUAUAGCAGACAGGCCUUCUCCAGCCAGCUGUCCCCACGGCCACAUUACCUGGAGGAUGAUGAGGAUGAGGAGAUGAAGGCUUACCACUUGGAUGCUAGGGGUGCUUUCCCCUACCAGUCACAGGACCUGGAACGGGAGCGCUGGGUGGUCAUCCAGGGCCAGGCAGUCAGGAAGGGUAGCACAGCAGCCACACUCCAGGGCACCCCUGACCACAGAGUUCCUGGCCAACCUCAGUCCACAACCCUGGGAGAGAACAUGGUUGACAGAGAGCAAAUUGACUUUCUGGCAGCUAGACAGCAGUUCCUGAGCCUGGAGCAGGCAGCCAUGAACCCUGUCCCCCAGAGCUCCCUAGCUUCCCCUGCACGUGCUCCACCAGGACAUAGCCAGGCCCUCAAAGCCUUGAAUGGGCCUCACCCUGCCAAUGGAUAUGUCGUCCCUAUCACACCGCAGGUGAAGGAAGUAGUCAGGGAGGAGAAAAUGGUCCACAGCUUCCCUGUUGAGUACAGCAUCCAAAUUGUGGACAGUCCCGGCUCCCUGUCUCCAGUGGCAUCUCCAGAGCCCCCCAAGGAGACGCCCAUUGAGCGGGAGAUCCGUCUGGCCCAGGAGCGGGAGGCAGACCUGCGGGAGCAGAGAGGGCUCCGGCGAGCAGCCGGCCAGCAAGAGCUGGUGCAGAUCACCACUAGGCCGGUGCUGAGCAAGGUGAGCUUGAGUGAGUCUCCACGGAGAGACAGAGGGCGCCCCUCACUCUACGUGCAGCGGGACAUGGUGCAGGAGACACAGCGUGAGGAAGACCACCGGCGGCGGGGCCUGCAGGUGGGCCGGGUAUCCACAUCUGACUGGGCCUCUGAGAACCCCCAGCCUGGACUCAGGAGAAGCCUGAGCUCAGACUCCAUCCUCAGUCCUGCCCCACAUGCCCGAGCAGCUGACAGGGCUCCAGAGGUGAGGAAAGUUAACCGAAUCCCACCUGACGCCUACCAGCCGUACCUGGGCUCCAGAACUCCCCAACAAGACUUCUCAGCCUAUAGAGUGUCCAGCAAGCCCAGUGGUCUCUCCACUGAGGAAACCAAAGUCUCUCCAAAGGCCGUGGGGUCUCCAAGGGAUCUCUCGGAGUCUUCUGGAAAACCCUUGAGCAUACAACAAGUGCCUUCCAAGCCCUCUCGGGGAGCCUUGCAAGCCGAUGGGGGCGUUGUACGACAGGAGCAUUUCCGUCUGCGUCCGCUGCGGUUCGGGGUCCCAGACAAAUCCCAGCAGGCUGAGUCCUCCCACGGCUGGGGCUGGGAGAUGGAUGGGGCCCCAGUGCUGAGGUUGCAGAAGUCUCUGUCCUCUGAUAUGCUGGAGAAGGAGAUGGAGAAUGUCCUGCGCAGGGAGCGAGAGGUGGCAGAGGAGCGGAGGAAUGCUUUCUUCCCUGAGGUCUUCUCCCCAACACCAGAUGAGGGCUACGACCAGGAAGACUCCAGGAGCUCCUCCCGAGCAUCUGGCAUCACUGGCAGCUACACAGUGUCUCAGUCACCCUUACUCACCCCCAUCCGCCUGCACUCAGGCCUGGUGUGGACAGCAGAGACCCCGGUGGAUAAUGCUCCUGGGCAGAAGAAGAAGGCACUGUGGUAUGCAGGCCUCAACCCCUUGGACGGUGUCAACUCGGAGAUCCUGGGAGCCACACGGGUCACCCGCCACAAGAAUGCUAUGGCAGAACGCUGGGAAGCCCGCAUCUACGCCAGUGAGGACGAGGACUGA